AUGUCAGUGCUGGGUUUCUCUCUCAAAAAAAUCAAGAAAAUGAAGAGAAACGUUGCAGCAGAGGUGGUGUCCGUUCUUCUCCUCUUCUUUCUAGCUUCCUUAGCUAAGGUAGAAAUAUAUAGCUACCCUUCUCGAUGUGGAGAUGGAGAUGUCAUCACCAUCAAAUACCCUUUCCGUUUCAAAGACGAUCCUCAGGGACAAGGCAAUCCUCGAUAUGAACUCGGAUGCGAAGCCAAUCGUACCAUUCUACUAUUGGAUUCCAAGGUAUUCUAUGUCAAAGCGAUUUCGUACGAGAACAAAACAAUUCGAAUCGUCGAACCGGGUCUAAGUGACAACAACUGUUCUUCUCUGCCUCGCAAUCCAUUCCUAGAUCCUGACAAGUUGGUGAAAUAUCCGUACUACUGGUCUAGAAAGCGGCUUCUUGUAUUUUUGAAAUGUCAGAAUUCGGUGGAUGAUAGUUGGUAUAUCGAUGCCAGCCCUUGCACCAACGGUUCGGAUUUUUCAUCCUCGUCCUGGCAAGGCCAUACUUAUGUUCGCUUGCAAUAUGGUUCGUCAAUUGGGAAACUGCCUGUUCCCUGCAAUCCUAUUGCGAUGAUUCCGACGGAUCUGCGGGAAGAUAUCAACCGUUCGAUAAUUGACAUCCACAUGGAGUUGAUGAUGGGGUUUGAGAUUGCAUGGUCAAAACCCCUGAAUUGCAACGAAGACCCCUUUUGUGCGGAGACACAAUCCGGUAAGUUUUUUAUUUUUAUCUCUUGAGAUUUUUCAACACAACCCCAGGAAUAUUUCAUCUCUGCCACCAUCAUCAUAUUUUUACAUAUGCUGACCUUUAUAUUUUUUUGCAUACUCAAACCAUUUAUAUUUUUAAUGUUCAAUAAAAGUUGGAAUAUUUGUUAAAUUAGCUAUCAGUCGUUCAAAUUCCACAUGAAAAAACAGAAUCCAAAGACAGUCUAGUUUGAUUAUUUGAUCCAGUUCCAUCUGACGAAUGGGUAGCCACUGAUGUAUUAAGCCGCAUCCAGUAACCCAUUUUAAAAGGGUCCAAAACACUUAAAUGUUUUUUAUUUUUAUUUUAUUUUUUAAUUUCCAUGACACUGUAUUUGGUUUCCAUACUAAAUUCAAGUUGUUGUUUAUAUGGAUUCAGGUCCGC